AUGAUGGAAGACAAGUUUCGAGAGGUGUUCCAACCCAAUGCUGAUGAGUCCAUUGAAACGGUUAUGGUGAAAGCUUUGCUCCAAUACGACGAAACGACAAAAAUCUCAAUUAAGAUUGCCUGGGAUGAUGCACAAAGGAAGUUUGAGUGUUGUGGCGUGGAGAGUCCAGAAGACUGGCUGUACAAUGCAAAUCUUCAUGGUCAAUACCCACGAAGUUGCUGUCGGGUGAAUCGUGAAAGAGAU